UUCAGGAUCCCGGUGCAGGAUCCCAGUUCAGGAUCCCAGUGUGGUUCCUGGAUUCAGGAUCCCAGCGCAAGAUCCUGGUGCAGGAUCCCAGUGUGGUUCUGGGUUCAGGAUCCCGGUGCGGUCCCGGUGCAGGAUCCCGGGGGUGCCCUCGCCCCCCUGCCUCGCCCGUGGCCCCCCCGGCCCUGGCUCCGCCCGGCGCCCGCAGCAGCCGGGGCCGGGGGCGGCCGGUGGCGGGGCGGGCGCGGGGAAGGGGAAGGGGAAGCGGCGGAUGCUCCGCGGCGGCGGCCGUGCCUUUGCUCGGGGCGGCGGCUCCUCCCGGUACCGGGGACCGGGGCGGGGGGUCCCGGGGCGGCGGGAGCGAGGGGCGGUGCCCCGGCACCGGGCGCGGCUGCGCAAAAGCCCGAGCGGCGGCGGGAGGCAGCGCUCGGCGGGGGCGGCACCGGCACCGGGACGGCACCGGGACGGCACCGGGACGGCACCGGGACGGCACCGGGACGGAGCGGGCGGCGGCUGGAGGUCUCCGUAGCCGGGGAUCGCCGGCGCCAUGUCCCGGCAGCGCUGAGGUCGGCAGGACGGGCGGCAAGCGGAGCCGCGGCCGGCGAGGAACCAUGGGGAGCAUCUACAAGGAAUACUUCAACACGGAGAAGAUCCGGGAGCACUACAACUACACCAAGGAGGGCUCGGAAAGCUCCUCCACCACCUCCCGUUGGGUGGUAUCCAUCAUCAUCGUCGUGGUCUGCUGCUUCAUCGUGCUGGAGAACCUGCUGGUCCUCAUCUCCGUUUGCCGCAACAAGAAGUUUCACUCAGCCAUGUACAUCUUCAUUGGGAACUUGGCUUUCUCUGACCUCUUGGCUGGGUUGGCCUUCAUGGUCAACAUCUUGCUCUCCGGAGCCACCACCUUCAACCUGACGCCGGUACAGUGGUUUGUACGGGAAGGCACAGCUUUCGCCACGUUGGCCGCCUCCGUCUUCAGCUUGUUGGCCAUCGCCAUCGAGCGCCACGUGGCCAUCACCAAGGUCAAGGUCUACAGCAGCGACAAGAACUGUCGGAUGGUGCUGCUCAUCGGGGCUUGUUGGGUGAUCGCUGCUGCCAUCGGCAGCCUCCCCAUCAUGGGUUGGAACUGCAUGAGCGACCUGCAGGAUUGCUCCACCGUCCUCCCCCUCUACUCUAAACGUUACAUCCUCUUCGUCAUCACCAUCUUCACCAUCAUCCUUCUCGCCAUCGUGGGGCUCUACAGCCGCAUCUACUGCAUCGUGCGCUCCAGCCACGCCGAGAUUGCCUCCACCCAGACCCUGGCCUUGCUCAAGACGGUUACCAUUGUCCUGGGAGCCUUCAUUGUCUGCUGGCUGCCGGCCUUCAUCAUCCUCCUCAUGGAUGCCACCUGCCCUGUCCGAGCAUGCCGGGUCCUCUAUAAGGCGAACUAUUUCUUUGCCUUCGCCACUCUAAACUCGGCCGCCAACCCCAUCAUCUACACGCUGCGGAGCAAGGACAUGCGCCGGGAGUUCCUGUGGGUGCUGUGCUGCUGCGGGGCCGGGCGCCGGGACCAGACCCCCGGCCGCUGCGGGCUUCCACUCCGCACCUCCAGCUCACUGGACCGCUGCACCCCAAAAUACGAGUUACCCACCUCGCCUAUCACCCACGAGUGUACCACCUCCGUUUAGGGGGUCCUGGCCACCCCACGACUGCCCCAUGGCUGCCCCAUGGCUGGGGCUGUGGUACGAAGGGAGCAGAGUCGGGGUGGAUUUUUUUUGAGGUACAGAUGGACAAGUGCACCUUCAUCCCGGGCAUCCCCCACCCCGGGCAUCCCCCACCCCUGGGCAUCCCACUGGGCAUUCCCACCCCCGGGCAUCCCCGGUUGCGGGUGGCAAUGCCGAUGCUCCGGCUGGGAUUGCUGUGACCCGUGCGCGCGCCGGCGUGUGCGUGUGCACGGGCACGGGCACGCGUGUUGCUCUUCCCACGCCCUGCCCGAGCCCCGGGGCCCCCGUGGGACCUGUCAGACGGGUCCUUGGGCCCCUCCCUGCGCCCGGCUCCCUGCGGCACCCCUGGCGCCAGUGGCAAAUCCUCUGCCCCCGGCUGCUCCCUGGCACCGUGGGUGGCUCCGACCACUAGUCCUCCGGGCUAGGAGGGGCUUUGCUGGGAAAGCCGGGCCUGGGGCGCUCACUGUGGGGCAGGGGGAUGACACAUGGGGACCCCUGUGUCCUCCCACCCUGCUCCAUGGUCCAGCUGUGUGCUGGUGCGCAGAGUUGGGGGGGGGGCCCUGUUGCGGCCGGCUCCGCUGGGGCCCCACCCCAUCACUGUGACCCCCCAAGACGCCCCCUCCAUCUUCGGUGACGUCUCCAGGGGCGAUCGUAGUAUUAAAAAUUGUUUGUUUA